GAGAGAGAGAGAGACGACGUCGUCGUGAGAUCAAGUGCGGGAGGAGGACCGCCACACAGUAGGAGAAGUACGCUACCUAGCCUAGUACCUAGGCUCGCGUUGGACGUCGUGGGGCACGCUGGACAGCUCGAGCGAACCGCGCGCGCUGACGUCGACAGAGAGCGUUAAAUCGUUCCGUCAUCUCUCUCGCUCUCUCUCUGCCCCCUCCAUCCCACCUCACUCUCCCCUCGCUCCCUUCUCCGUCGUCCGUCAAGCAUCGCGCGCGCGAGACAUACCGUCGUCGGUCGGUGCGCCGUGUGACAGCUUCCGCGCGCGGUCUUCUCUCUGUGCCAGUUCGAUCGUCGUCUGUCGUCGUCGUCGUUCUUGUCGUCGACAACGUCUCGCGUUCCUCGAAAGCGGAAUCGCGCGCGCGGGCAACCAAGUGCCGAGAGGUAGAAGAACGCGGAACCGCGGACUCUGCUCGAGGUUCCGGAGAGGCCGGCGUCCCCGGCGACGAGCCGUUCGCGUGUAGCUCGGGGCAUCAUCGACGUCGAUUGAUUGUCGAUCGGUCAGCACCUAGUAGCAGCAUCAGCGGCGGCGGCACCAUGGCGGACGAUCCGGAGAACAACACGUGCGAGGACUCCUUCGGGAUCGACUCCAACACCUAUUUUGCCAACAAGUUGCGGGGCCGGAAGGGCGCUCUCAAGAAGAAGAAUAUCUAUAUGGUCAAGAAUCAUAGCUUCAUGCCAAGGUUCUUCAAGCAGCCCACCUUCUGUAGCCACUGCAAGGACUUCAUAUGGGGCUUCGGGAAACAGGGAUAUCAGUGCCAAGUAUGUAGUUUCGUCGUUCACAAACGAUGUCACGAAUACGUGACCUUCACGUGUCCUGGAGCUGACAAAGGAGCCGACUCGGACGCGAGCCAAAAGCACAAAUGGGAUGUGUUCACGUACCUGACGCCGACCUUCUGCGACCACUGCGGCUCGAUGCUUCAUGGUAUCGCCCAUCAGGGACUCAAGUGUUCAGCAUGCGACAUGAACGUACACAAGAGGUGCGAGGAGAGCGUGCCGAAUCUAUGCGGAUGCGAUCACACCGAAAGACGUGGUCGUAUACAUCUACACAUCACGUGUUCCGGUAGCAAGCUCACCAUAGAGGUGCGAGAAGGACGAAAUCUUAUUCCAAUGGAUCCGAACGGACUAUCGGAUCCUUACGUUAAGCUGAAGUUAAUCCCGGACUCGGACAACGUAAAGAAGAAAACAAAGACAAUCAAGUCGUGCUUAAAUCCAGAAUGGAAUGAGACACUCAUCUUCGACCUGAAACCCGAGGAUAAAGAUAGGCGGCUAUUGAUCGAGAUAUGGGAUUGGGAUCGAACGUCCAGAAACGAUUUUAUGGGAUCCCUAUCUUUUGGCAUAUCGGAGCUUAUUAAAGCGCCCGCGAGUGGUUGGUUCAAGCUCCUCACUCAAGAGGAGGGUGAGUUCUACAAUGUACCUGUUCCUGAGGAAGGCGUCGACCUCGCCGAGCUUAAAACCAAAAUGCGGAAAACUUCGGUAACGAAGAAGACACAUGCGGCCCACGAUAAGGAUGUGCCGCACAAUAUGGGCAAGAGCGAUCUGAUACGAGCUAGCGACUUUAAUUUCUUAAUGGUACUCGGCAAAGGCAGCUUUGGCAAGGUCUUGCUGGCGGAGAGAAAGGGAACCGACGAGCUGUAUGCUAUCAAAAUCUUGAAGAAGGACAUUAUUAUCCAGGACGAUGAUGUGGAAUGCACGAUGGUUGAGAAACGUGUACUCGCGCUCUCGAGUAAACCGCCCUUCCUCGUGCAAUUGCAUUCUUGCUUUCAGACAAUGGAUCGUCUAUACUUCGUAAUGGAAUACGUGAAUGGCGGCGAUCUGAUGUACCAAAUACAGCAGUGUGGCAAAUUUAAAGAGCCGGUGGCAGUAUUCUAUUCGGCUGAGAUAGCGAUCGGCCUGUUCUUCUUACACGCGCGCGGCAUCGUCUACCGUGAUCUCAAGCUCGAUAACGUUCUGCUGGAUCAGGACGGCCACAUAAAGAUCGCCGACUUUGGCAUGUGCAAGGAAGGCAUUACCGGCGAUAAAACUACCAAGACCUUUUGCGGCACGCCCGAUUACAUAGCACCGGAGAUUAUCCUAUACCAACCUUAUGGCAAAUCCGUGGAUUGGUGGGCUUACGGUGUAUUGCUCUACGAGAUGCUAGUGGGCCAACCACCGUUCGAUGGCGAGGACGAGGACGAACUUUUCUCCGCGAUUACGGACCAUAAUGUCAGUUAUCCGAAGAGUCUAUCCAAAGAGGCCAAAGAAGUUUGUAAAGCGUUCCUCACAAAGAAUCCGAGCAAGAGAUUAGGAUGCGGAAUGCGCGGCGAGGAUGACGUGCGGAUCCAUGCGUUUUUCCGGCGUAUUGACUGGGAGAAAAUAGAGAAUCGCGAGGUGCAACCACCCUUCAAGCCAAAGAUUCAACAUCGUAAAGACGUGAGUAAUUUCGACAAGCAGUUCACCUCAGAAAAAACGGAUCUGACUCCCACGGAUAAGCUGUUCAUGAUGAACUUGGAUCAGACGGAAUUUAUGGGUUUCUCGUAUCUCAAUCCAGAGUUUGUGCAACACGUUUAAGCGAAAUACUUUAUCUCAGGCUCGUACCUAUCUUUCACUUCAUUCCUCGUCGUUCAUCUUUCUCUUUGUCACUCAGGGCUCUCUCAUCCCUCUCUCUCUUGCUCUCUAUCCGUUUUCUCUCUCUCUCUCUCUUUCUCUCGCUCUCUGAAUCUCGCUGUAGCAUUUUCGUGAUAAAACGAGCGAGAAUUUGGUGCGCUAUCGUUUUUGAAUUUCAUUAAGAAUUCACGCGAGAUUCACUGAUGUAUUUUUAAGCAGUCGCGCGAUAGUCGAUUGUAUAUCACUACGCUGUAAGAAAGAUAAAACAAGAGAAAGAAAUACGGCGUAGGUGCUGAAGAUUCGAUCCAAAUAAUUAUCGCGAGAAAAAAAA